UCGGAUGACUGAGUCCAGCCAAUCCACUUACGGCAGGAGAGAGUUAGUGAAAGCGAAACCGCAAAUUAGAAGAAGAUCGCGGAGUGAGAAUGGUCUUAACGGGUGUGGAUUUGGUCUGCGAACAUGCUUUAACUCCUGACAGAGCUGGCAGAUGGAUUCAGGGUCACUCCCAGUCCGGUGGUGCGUGAAACCAUCCUUUAUUAUGGUCUGUCUGCUCUGGACUGUGCGCUGUUCCUAUGGCGACAAAAACAAUUGUCCAUGUCCAGAAAUUCCUCAUUUGGAACUAACUGAACCUCCAACGAGGGGCUGCUACAAUAUUUCCAACACUUUCCGCUACAAGUGUAUUGAUGGAUAUGUGAGGAAGGCGGGAACCUCAAAUCUAGUCAAAUGUAAAGAAGAUCAAGGCAGCGUUGCAUGGACCACACCCAAACUAGCCUGUAUACCGGACCCACAGAGAAUCACAACCCCAUCGAAUACCCCAGAAACAGCACCUUCCUCCACUGAACAGAUGACCCAGAGCACCACCAUCUCAGCUUCAGUGUCUGCACAAACAGACAACAUGGAGCUAACCUCACCUGGUCUGCAGGUCCCAUCAGACUACACACAGGCUGAACCGGUGAGAACCUCUACACAACCACCAAAGAGCACAGAGACAACUGAGCCGGUGAGAACCUCAACACAACCACCAAACAGCACAGAGACAAUUGAACCGGUGAGAACCUCCACACAACCACCAAACAGCACAGAGACAACUCCUCCUACAGUACAGAGGACCCAGAGCGCCACCAUCUCAGCCUCACUUGCUGCAGAAACAGGCCGCGUAGAACAAACUUCACCUGGUUUUCAGGUCCUGUCAGAUCCCACACAGGAGACUAGAGGGGCGGACCAAACGACCAAACCCUCCAUACUGUCAAACACAGAUAACAGCACCGCAGCUCAUAGUCACAGCACCAGUGCUGUCGUGACCAAUGUAAUGAGCGCAGUUGUAGCUGGAGUGAUUAUCAUUCUUUUGAUCGGUAUUGGCAGCUUCUUUUACAGACGGAGGACAAGAAAGAUUCCACUGCACACAUCAGAUGAACUGGUACCCAUGAACACCAUAGGAUCCUGACUGAGGUGUCCACCUGAACAGCUGUGAUUGUCAAGGAGAACGGCUGAGCAUCACCGAGGCUCAGAGGGUCCAUUACAUUCCAAAAGGAUUAAAGACUGUGGUGGCUGGAUAUGACACAUGCUGGUUGUAUCCUCUACCCCCUACCCACAGUUCAGUUAAAUGUAUUAAAAGGGAAAUGUGACCAUCAGUCUGGUGCUAUAACAAGCCAGUGUUAAAUGUAAGUAGUUGCUUGGUUAAAUGGGGCAAUCAUGAGGUAUUUGGGGCUAACUGUGGAGGCAACUUCUGAGGCAGUGCUAAAAUAUAAAACUAUAAAAGUAAUGUAAAAGGAGCAAUGCACCAGAGUAGUGGACAAUAUGGUAAAGGAGUGAAUGAUCAAAUGAGAUGUUUUCACUAUGCUUGCCAAUGAAAAUGUGAUGUGACUUGUGCAGAAAAUGUGUUUACAGAUGAGGUAUUUGUGUUCAAGUGUUUUUCAUGUUACAUUCAUUUUGUCAUUAGAAAAAUGAAUAAGACUCAUAUAACAGGUGACCAUGGGACAGGGGCCAUGACGUGGAAUGAAACUGGAUUUCUCUGAAUUCGAACACACAAGGAAAUAUUUGAUAUAAUGUAAGGGCACUAGGCGACAAAAUACUGUAUUUAAUGCAGGCCUAGUCAUUUUUAGAUAUUUUAAUGCAGAAGGGAUAUUUUUAUAUUACAACUUUAAUAAUAAAUGUAAAUAUCAAAAAGGGA